AGCUAGCUAGUUGAUGAGGGAGUGUAUAAAAGGAAGGGAAGCAGCGUCGCCGUACGUCGCGGGUGAUAUCAAUGGAGGAGAAGCCAAUUGCAAAGGGGAAGGUGGCCGUGGAGGAGGAGGAGUAUGAGGACCGAGACGACGACGAUGGUUAUUCGGUCUAGGUGCCCAGCUGGGGAAUGGUGGAGUGAUCUUGGUACUGUUUGAGACGCCCACUGGAUUUGCACUUUUCAGCUAUGAUGGAAUCAAACUCCUCCGCCCACAUGCCCUCAUGGAUGUAUGGGGAGAAUUUGUCAUGGAAUUUAUGCUUCAAUACCAUCCUGUUUGGCUGAAAGACUUUCAAGCUUUCGAGGACAAGGCCAGCGCCCUUAGCCUUGAUACUGGUGUUAGCGAACAGCUUGCAGGCAUGAUCCGGAGGUUUAUCUGUCCUGGCCAGACACUAGCAGUUGGAAAGCAAGAAUAUGUAACUAUCAUUCAAAGUAACUUGGGAAUAAAGUGCCUAUGGAAUGCUGAAGUGAUGGAGUUGAUGUGGGGCCUGAAUAAUCUAAAGGAACAUUUAGUACCUGAUGGAAAAUCAGAGCUGAGUAAAGAGGAUUGCCUCCCGAUGUGUGAAGGGAUGAAAUUUACCCUGAAUAAGUAUGGCUUCGGUGAUCUCAAACCAGAGAUGGUUACUAGAAGUAUCAUUGAGGCGACGGGCCUCUUGUACGAGACUGACUAUCAUGUGAGGAAACAUGGUGAGAGCAUGCGCUAUGCUGGUAAGCACCUGAAGAAGAUAUCUGGUAUCAACGCUGAGGAUUGGGACCUGCUGAAACUUGCAACUGCUAUCAUGAUGUUAUGUUACCCUAAUGGUGAAUACAAGUUGGUUGGGAACCUUCCCGAGCUUUUUGGAGAUGACUAUUCAAAGUUGGUGGAUGAUGCGCCUAAAUAUAAAGGUAUAUUCCGGAAGUUGUCUUGCUUGAGGGCUUAUGCAGAAAUGGUGCGGUCCCGUAGAAUUAGGUCUAAGGCGGCUCGUCGUUUGGACUCUUUAGUCACGGCAGCUGAACGCAUCUACGACGAGCUAGGCUCAACAAGCGCAGCCAGGAGUGAUCAAACAAGAGUAACUCUCCACUGUUCUUACUAUGCUCGGCUGCACCUGCAUGCCCUGGUGUUUGAUGCAGACAUUAAGAGUGUUUGGUAAUUGGUAUGUCACCUUACUAGUGAUUUGAUCACUCUAGUACUCUUGUGUACUCUCAAUGACUGCAUUUCAGACUGAGCUAGAUGAAUCAUCAGACUAUAUAUCGUGCAUGGCUCUGUCCCUGUGGUUUACCUUGUUCUUCCUUUAUAUAUAUGCAUUGGACAAGAGUGUUUGGUUGGUA